AUGGAGGAUUCAAAAAGCGACGAUGGCCUGUACCCCAUCGCUGUUCUGAUAGAUGAGCUCAAGAAUGAGGACGUGGCAUUGAGGCUGAACUCUGUGCGCCGGUUAAGCACAAUAGCCUUGGCUUUGGGAGAAGAAAGAACACGCCGAGAGCUCAUUCCUUUUGUGAGCGAAAGCAACGAUGACGAAGACGAAGUUCUCUUGGCAUUGGCAGAGGAGUUGGGUCGUUUCAUCCCCUACGUGGGGGGACCAGAAUAUGGCCAUGUUCUCUUGAGCCCGCUGGAAAACCUGUGCACCGUAGAGGAGACAGUGGUGCGCGACAAGGCAGUACAGUCAUUGGCUGCGAUAGCCUCAGAACUGCCGACAAAGAGCGUCUCAGAAUACUUUGUGCCCCUUGUCAAGAGGCUCGCUGGAGGCGAGUGGUUCACUUCCAGGAUUUCGUGCUGUGGCCUGCUGCCAGUGGCCCACCGUGUUUCAACACAAGAAAGCGAGCUCCAGGAGCUCAGGGGCUUAUACCGUGUUUUGUCACAAGACGACACGCCCAUGGUCCGGCGUGCUGCCGCUCAGAACCUCAGCGGAAUGGCAGAGACUGUAGAGCAGCAGGUUUUGAGCCAAGAUAUCUGCCCCAUCUUCAUCAAGCUCACACAGGACGAUCAAGACUCGGUUCGCUUGCUGGCUGUGCAAUGCUGCGGCCCUUUGGCACGCUCGCUAAGCAAGAGCGAGUGCCUCUCCUCUGUCGUCCCGGUUGUGCAGCGGUUUGCCCAGGACAAGUCCUGGCGCGUACGGUACAAUGUGGCGCAACAAUUGCACAUGCUCUGUGCUGCGCUGGGCGCGGAGGCUUCCAGGAAUGAGAUAGUACCCCCUUUUCUGAAGCUUCUGCGGGAUAGCGAAGCAGAAGUGAGGGUUGCCGCUGCCGGCAAGGUUGCGGCGAUCAGCAACCUGCUGGAUGCAGACACGGUGAUCAGGGUGGUCCUGCCCUGUGUGAAAGUGCUCGCAGCUGAUAGCAGUCAGUACGUGCGGAGUGCUCUUGCUGCUGUUGUCAUGGAGAUGGCCGCGGCCCUCGGCAAAUCAGCCACCAUUGAGCAUUUGCUACCUGUCUUCCUAAGCCUUUUAAAGGACGAUGUCCCAGAUGUGCGACUGAAUAUCAUUUCCAAGCUUGAUCAGGUAAAUCAGGUGAUUGGAAUCGAUCUUCUAGGGGAGAGCUUGAUGCCCGCCAUCGAAAAUUUGGCAGAUGACAACCACUGGCGGGUCCGAUUGGCUAUCAUCAAGUACAUACCCCUGCUGGCAACGCAGCUAGGUGCUGAUGUAUUCCAACAGCAACUUGGGCAGCAGUGCAUGAGGUGGCUUGAGGAUCAGGUGUUCUGCAUACGCGAGGCAGCGACACUGAAUCUGCAGAAAUUGGCAGCGGAGUUUGGUCCUGAGUGGGCUAAAGAGCAUCUUGUUCCUCAGGUCCUAGCCAUGGUGAACAAUUCCCACUACCUGUACCGCAUGACAAUCCUCUCAGCUGUUGCAGCUCUUGCACCUGCUGUCAGUCAUGACGUCCUGUGCAACAAUAUGCUGCCAGUCGUCAUAUCUUGCGCAAAAGACAAGGUUCCAAACAUCAAGUUCACUGUGGCAAAGAUGCUGGAACGUCUUGUUCCUCUGGUGGAUGCUGCUAUCGCUGAGCACACAAUCAAGCCCUGCCUGCUGGAGCUUGCUGAUGACAGCGAUGCAGACGUGCAAUUUUUUGCUCAGCAUGCGCUGCAGUCCUGCGAAAUUGUUACUGCUGCGUAA